AUGAAACAAGCGGACGAUGAUCGUCGGGACUUUAUAGAUACUACUAACUUAAGCACUAUUAAAAUGGAAGUCAUUGCAGAUGAUUACCAGGACCAGCAACCCCGAAAUAUUCAUUCAUCACAGACGCGACCACAUUCAAACGCUGAACGACAAAAAAGAUACAGAGAAAAGAGAAAGGCGAAUAAAAACACUGCGUUCAGUCAAUCUAGCGAUGAUCAACCACAGCAAGAACAACCGCAACAAAUAAAUAAACAUCAGCUCGAUCCUAUUGCUGAACCGCAAACAAAAUGUAGAAAAUUAUUAAGUGAACAGCAACAUAUAGAAGCAGCUACUCUGCCAAGCAAUACACUUCACACAUCUAGUAAGGAUCAACUGGAAAAUGUUGAAGAUGAACGUGCACGGAAAAGAUAUUUAAAUAAACAGCGACAACGCCGGUUUAGAGCAAGGCAAAGAAUUGAAUGGCAUAGUAAAUUUUCACAUCAAGGACAUUCACAAAGAUCAAAAGAAUCUCUAAUUAGAGUAUGGGAGCAACUAAAGGUUGAAAGCAAACUCUAUGUUUCAUCUCUCCAAGACACGAAACAAGACCCUUUCUUAGACCUGGUAUGCUCCAUACUAGGCCGUGGUUGCUCGGGAGCUUGUGUUGCAGAUUGUGAUAUGGAUUUUAAUGAAGGCUCUUCCAAUGAACAGACUUAUCAAGAUCAUAUUCAGGAGCCUCUUGUCAUUGUUGAAGAGGUCUCAUCGAAAGAAGAGGAAAACCAGAAUGAAAACUCAUCACAAUGGCCCAAGAGAAAAUCUGCGCCACGAAUGUACGAUAAGACUGUCUCCACAUCUUGCCUAAGCAGUAGUAGUGAGGAUAUUCAUAAGAAAAAAGAGAACACAGACGAAAUGAAAGAAACGCUCUUGCAAGAAGAGAUCGACUUUAAAAGACAACUGUAUGCAUUAAAAAUUCAAUCAGCAGAGAAAGAUCUCGAAAUAAGAAAUGAAAUACUGAAACAAAUAAAAGGUGGAGCUAUACAAUGUGAAAGCCUAUAUGGCAUGCUUCAGCAAAAGGAGCUAGAGUAA